GGGCCGUCAGUUGCAAUUCCGGUGCAUAGCUCCGAUUCCAAGCUCCGAACGCCGUUCGAACGGAUUGCCGGAUGGACUCGGCGCACUUCCAGAAGAACCCCUGGCUCAGCCAGGUCUACUGGGCAGAGGUGUGCGAGAAGGAGCAGAGGCCCCACGUUUUUCACCACACCCGAGUGAGAAGGGACAUGUGCGAGAGGACGUUCCCCAUCUCGACCAUGAAGGCUCACUUUCAAGAUAGCCAGGCCAUGGGCGUGGUGGUGGAGAAGCGGCAGCCGGGCCUGCCCCUCACGACCUGCGGCAGGAUGGUCUCGACGCCCAGAACUUCGGGCGACUCCAGAUCGCCACAGGCCACCUUGAGCCAGCGAGGCUCCGAGCUGGGCACGCCCAGGCAGGUGGGACCUUGCGCCUUCCGGGGCUUCCUGGCGACUCCCAGCCGCAGGCCUCCCGCGGGGGCCGGGACUCCCGGAGGUGCCCAGGGAAGGAGUGUGACCGCCUUUCGCGGUCUUCCUCGGCUGAAGCCCGCGGGCGGCUAGGAAUCAAUGCUCUCUGGCAGGUGGCCUGGACCUUCAGUGGAGCAUGUUCUCUUUCCACGUUUAGAUCACUUGCGGGUGCAUGAGGGAAUGACCCC